GCAAACCACGCCCAUUACAAUUCCAUUCUCUUUCUGGAGACAGCCCAGGAAUAUAAAGCCUUUGUCCGGCUUUUCCAAAUAAUUGCUGAAGCCACGCCGUCACUUUGCACAUUUAUUUGAGAACUUCUCGCACGAUUUUUAACAAUGAGGGAGAUUGUUCAUAUCCAGGCCGGUCAGUGCGGAAACCAAAUUGGUGCCAAGUUCUGGGAGGUGAUUAGUGAUGAGCAUGGGAUAGACCCAACAGGAACCUACCAUGGAGACAGUGACCUACAGCUGGACAGAAUCAGCGUCUACUACAAUGAAGCAACAGGAGGUAAAUAUGUGCCAAGAGCUAUUCUAGUGGAUCUAGAGCCUGGCACCAUGGACUCUGUGCGGUCAGGACCCUUUGGACAGAUCUUCAGACCAGACAACUUUGUGUUUGGACAGAGUGGAGCUGGUAAUAACUGGGCCAAGGGCCACUACACAGAGGGCGCGGAGCUUGUGGAUUCAGUUCUGGAUGUGGUUCGUAAGGAGUCUGAGAGCUGUGACUGCCUGCAGGGCUUCCAGCUCACUCACUCCCUAGGUGGGGGCACCGGGUCAGGUAUGGGCACCCUCCUCAUCAGCAAAAUCCGUGAAGAGUACCCAGACCGCAUCAUGAACACUUUCAGCGUGGUGCCUUCGCCAAAAGUCUCUGACACUGUUGUGGAACCUUACAAUGCCACACUGUCAGUCCAUCAGCUGGUUGAGAACACAGAUGAGACCUACUGCAUAGACAAUGAAGCCUUAUAUGAUAUCUGCUUCCGCACCCUCAAACUUACCACACCCACAUAUGGCGACCUUAACCAUUUGGUCUCUGCCACCAUGAGUGGUGUUACCACCUGCUUGCGCUUCCCCGGCCAGCUAAAUGCUGACUUGCGCAAAUUAGCUGUUAACAUGGUGCCCUUCCCCCGUCUGCACUUUUUCAUGCCCGGCUUUGCCCCUCUAACCAGCAGAGGCAGCCAGCAGUACCGCGCCCUCACCGUGCCUGAGCUCACACAGCAAGUGUUCGAUGCCAAGAACAUGAUGGCUGCCUGCGAUCCAAGACAUGGUCGCUACCUGACUGUUGCCGCUGUUUUCCGUGGCCGCAUGUCCAUGAAGGAGGUAGACGAGCAGAUGCUGAAUGUCCAGAACAAGAACAGCAGCUACUUUGUGGAAUGGAUCCCCAACAACGUCAAAACCGCUGUCUGCGACAUUCCACCUAGGGGUCUGAAAAUGGCCGUCACCUUUAUUGGGAACAGCACGGCCAUCCAGGAGCUGUUCAAGCGCAUCUCUGAGCAGUUCACAGCUAUGUUCAGGCGUAAGGCUUUCCUGCAUUGGUACACAGGAGAGGGCAUGGAUGAGAUGGAGUUCACUGAGGCAGAGAGCAACAUGAAUGACCUGGUGUCUGAGUACCAGCAGUACCAGGACGCCACCGCUGAGGAAGAGGGGGAGUUUGAGGAAGAUGCAGAGGAUGAUCCUUAAGAAGGAAAUGAGGGUGGUUGAGAGAGUGGUGUUUGGGGCAGAGGUAGUGUUUUCAAGUUUGGAUAAAUGUAGCAAAACAUAUAUAGAAGCAGCAGUUAGUGGCUCAGUCAGAUGGGAUAAAAAAUAGUACUAGACAUAUGAGGCCCAAAAGAACCAGAGGAAUGCAGAAAGAAUGUUUUUAACAUUGAAUGUGUGGAUAACGCACAAGUGUUUAUGAUUACAAUUCAUUUUACAACACAAUUUAUUAGAAUUUUAUACCAUUCUAAUGACCUCAGUUCCUCUCUGUACACAAUAGGGAAGAAUAAAGUGUCAACAUCCAGUUAUUGAAAAAGGCAGAAUGAUAUCUGCAGUUUUGUGUUUGAACGGGUCAGGCAGAAUUCAGAUAAGGACACCAAAGGUAAUUUAGAGGAAAACUGUCAUUUGAGUGAGAUUCAUUGAUGUAAACCAGAAAGGUUGUGGGGUCAGGGAGGAAGACUACAUCUAAUUUUUCUUUCAUUUUAAUAUUUACUUCUUCAUGUCUGCAAUGAACUCAAGUCCAAAUUAUUAUUAUUAUAGUGUUUGUGUUUUGUUUUUUCUACUAUUGCACUAAAACAGAUGGCACUUCUUCUUGGUUGUGAUUGGAAUAUUUUGAGAAAACUUUCAAAGAGAAAUGUAUGAUUUGUGGAAGAUGAAAGAAAGAAAAAGAAAAGGACUAAAAGAAAGACAAGGUUCAGACAAACAGUGUUAUUGAAUCUUAACCUCCCCUGGGCGCCAGCCAACGUCUAUGGAGGUAAUAAAUUGAUGAAUGACAAGGACAACAUGGUAAAGUAUUUUUUCUUAUGAAGAUGGACAGACAAGUAAUUGUUGGAUUUAGCAUGUUGAAAUGAUUGUUAGAGCAAAAAUUAUAUUCAUGGACAUACUUUCAAGUGUUAC